AUGUCCGGUGGUCCUAUUCGUAGAGCAUCACAAGCUUUACAAUUGAGUCUUCAUUCGCUUCCCAAAAUUUCAGUUGCUCGAGCUGGGAAAGGUUACUCACAAUUUGUCACCGAUGAAGAACGAAUGGAUAAAAAAGUUAUUGGAAUGAUCAAGAAUGCCAUUAAAAAUGCGUUAACUGAUUUUAAAGACGAGACAACAUCGAUUAUUCCAAUUCACGUCAAACCUAAAAAUGCGAUAACUCUUUCAGCACAAUCCUUGGAUGGCCCAAUUAAACUUAAAGUAGAUCCAGUAACUCUUCAGAAUCGAAAACACUUACCUUGGCUGCUAGGAUUUGGAAAAUGA